AUGACACAAGCGCUGACAGCGUACGAGGUUCUAUGCCAGCCACCAGAGCGCGCAAAAUACGACAACGAUUAUGCAAAUAUCAGAGCUGCAUGGUUUCGUUACCAGAAGUGGACCGAGUGGCAAAGGGUAGAAGCCACGACGGUAGUAGGAGGAGACAACCCGCUUCGUAACAAGCUCACGAGCUACUCGCGGAAGUUCAUGGGGAAGAUGAAGGAGCGCAGGGCGCGGCGAUCGACGGUCUUCGUGGGUGGUACGCCUCGGAACGAUGGGCAAGAGGAAGUUUCAGAUGCCACAGAAGAGUACGAGAAAGACCGCAGCCCGCAAGCGCGGUCAAAGACUUCAUGCGCCACAGAUGCCGUGGCCAGAUUUGAUGCCAUCGACCUGCAGUCAAAGUCUUUGGACAAGACGCUUUUAUUGCUCAAGUUGCAAUACGACGGUCUGCUUGACCUGCAGACUGGCGCAGUGACGCGGUUUCCGUUUAGACAUACCUUGUCUCUGUACGAGUAA